AUGCUGCGCACUUUGUUCCUCCUGUGUUCGUGCACUCUCGCCUCUGCGGUUCCCUGCAUCAAACCAAACGAGCUCCACGGCCUUCACGAGACCUACUCCCGCAGCCUGAUGCUGGCUCACGCGAUACACCAGGAUGUGCUAAACCUGCUGGCGCCAUACGAGGAGCAGCUUGGCAUCAAUGGUUCACAGGUGCCCAACCUAUUCAUGAGCGGUCUGCCGUCCUGUGCUGUCAACUACAUUGACUGGCUUUCACUUGAGGAUGCGGCUCGCCUGCAGCAGGACAGCGAGUACCUGCAGCUGUUCAACCGCCACAUCGACGCCUGCUGUUCCUCGAAGCUCCAGCUGGGGGCAGAAUACAGCCUGCCCCUGGAGCUGCUGCAGCUCAACAUCCGCGACCUGCAGGUCCAGAUCACCGAGCAGCUGAAGUUACUGCAGCAGCCAGCAGUCUAUACGGCAGCCUCACCUCCGGCCCCCCUGUGCAACCGCGAGUCGCUGUGGGUCAGCCGAAUGCAGGGCUACAUUGUGCUGAGGGGCCUGGAGAAGUGCGUGCAGAAGGUGGUGCGGGACUACACCCGGCUGCGCAGCCAGCAGCAGCAGCAGUGA